UCAAUACAUGCACAGGGACACCAGGGGAGAGAGGUCAAUACAUGCACAGGGACACCAGGGGAGAGAGGUCAAUACAUGCACAGGGACACCAGGGGAGAAAGGUCAAUACAUGCACAGGGACACCAGGGGAGAGAGGUCAAUACAUGCACAGGGACACCAGGGAGAGAGGUCAAUACAUGCACAGGGACACCAGGGGAGAAAGGUCAAUACAUGCACAGGGACACCAGGGAGAGAGGUCAAUACAUGCACAGGGACACCAGGGGAGAAAGGUCAAUACAUGCACAGGGACACCAGGGGAGAAAGGUCAAUACAUGCACAGGGACACCAGGGGAGAGAGGUCAAUACAUGCACAGGGACACCAGGGGAGAGAGGUCAAUACAUGCACAGGGACACCAGGGGAGAGAGGUCAAUACAUGCACAGGGACACCAGGGGAGAGGUCAAUACAUGCACAGGGACACCAGGGAGAGAGGUCAAUACAUGCACAGGGACACCAGGGAGAGAGGUCAAUACAUGCACAGGGACACCAGGGGAGAGAGGUCAAUACAUGCACAGGGACACCAGGGAGAGAGGUCAAUACAUGCACAGGGACACCAGGGAGAGAGGUCAAUACAUGCACAGGGACACCAGGGGAGAGAGGUCAAUACAUGCACAGGGACACCAGGGGAGAAAGGUCAAUACAUGCACAGGGACACCAGGGGAGAGAGGUCAAUACAUGCACAGGGACACCAGGGGAGAGGUCAAUACAUGCACAGGGACACCAGGGGAGAGAGGUCAAUACAUGCACAGGGACACCAGGGAGAGAGGUCAAUACAUACACAGGGACACCAGGGAGAGAGGUCAAUACAUGCACAUGGACACCAGGGAGAAAGGUCAGUACAUACACAUCUCUCGCUCACAUAUACACAGGUAUGGAUGAACAAAUCAUACACUCGGAAUUAACAUUUGUUGUGAGUUCGAAUCCCAAGUCUA